AGAUUUCAUCAUGGGAAAGGAAAAGACUCACGUUAACAUUGUGGUCAUUGGGCAUGUCGACUCCGGGAAAUCAACCACAACGGGCCAUCUGAUUUACAAGCUUGGAGGUAUCGACAAGCGAGUGAUUGAAAAGUUUGAGAAAGAAGCCGCUGAGAUGAACAAACGUUCAUUCAAGUACGCUUGGGUGCUUGACAAGCUGAAGGCUGAGCGCGAACGUGGUAUCACGAUUGACAUUGCCCUAUGGAAAUUUGAAACCAACAAGUACUAUUGCACUGUCAUUGAUGCUCCUGGCCAUCGUGAUUUUAUCAAGAAUAUGAUCACUGGAACUUCUCAAGCCGAUUGUGCUAUUCUUAUCAUUGAUUCCACUACCGGAGGCUUUGAAGCUGGUAUCUCUAAGGAUGGCCAGACUCGUGAACACGCUCUUCUUGCUUUCACCCUUGGUGUGAAACAAAUGAUUUGCUGUUGCAACAAGAUGGAUUCCACAACUCCCAAGUACUCAAAGAAUCGGUAUGAUGAAAUUAUUAAGGAAGUUUCAUCUUAUUUGAAGAAAGUUGGAUACAAUCCUGAUAAGAUCCCUUUUGUUCCUAUCUCUGGAUUUGAAGGGGACAACAUGAUUGAACGAUCCACCAAUCUUGAUUGGUACAAAGGUCCAACCCUUCUUGAGGCUCUAGACGCGAUCAAUGAGCCCAAGAGACCCUCUGACAAGCCUCUACGUCUUCCACUCCAGGAUGUGUACAAGAUUGGAGGUAUCGGGACUGUUCCAGUGGGACGGGUUGAAACAGGGAUGAUCAAACCGGGUAUGGUUGUGACUUUUGGUCCAACUGGUUUGACCACUGAAGUUAAGUCUGUUGAAAUGCACCACGAGGCUUUACAAGAGGCACUCCCUGGAGACAAUGUGGGAUUUAAUGUGAAAAAUGUUGCUGUGAAAGAUCUGAAACGUGGGUAUGUUGCGUCUAAUUCUAAAGAAGAUGCGGCUAAAGGUGCAGCCAACUUUACAUCUCAAGUUAUCAUCAUGAACCACCCUGGUCAAAUUGGCAGCGGUUAUGCUCCUGUUCUUGAUUGCCACACCUCGCAUGUUGCAGUCAAGUUUGCUGAACUUUUGACUAAAAUCGAUAGAAGGUCAGGUAAAGAGCUUGAAAAGGAACCUAAGUUCCUAAAGAAUGGUGAUGCUGGUAUGGUCAAGAUGAUUCCAACCAAACCAAUGGUGGUCGAGACCUUUUCUGAGUAUCCACCACUUGGUCGUUUUGCAGUAAGAGACAUGAGGCAGACGGUGGCAGUGGGUGUCAUCAAGAGCGUUGAUAAGAAGGAACCCACUGGAGCAAAGGUUACUAAGGUGGCUGUGAAGAAGUCUGGGAAAUGAAUCGUGCAGGUUAUUAGGAAGAUGGUUUGGUUUGUUGGUGUCUUUGUUUCAUGGUUGAAUGGUUUGAGUCAUUUUUGUUUUGAGUUGUUGCCACUAGCUAACACUUGGUCUGAAAACUGGGUGUUGGAUAGGCGGUGGCGAGUCUAAAUGUGCUGCACUAGUAGUUUGGGUUAAAUAAGCAGCUAGAUAUAGUAUGAGUUAGUGGUUUUUUCGUUUG